UGAAUGUGAGCUCGCCUUCUGGUUCCGCUGCCAACCACAAACUCCAGAGCCCUUCUCUGUUUCAUUCACUUCACUCCACCAUGUCCAGGGAUCUUUUUUUCCUGUUUUCAACCUGGAAACUUGUUAAAAAGCUGUGGAUCCUCGCAAGAGGCAGCUCAGUUUAAGCUCCUCUUCGUUCAGUGAUCAGAUUGGUUCCUGGAAAUGAGGACAGACUCCUCUUCGCAGAGACUGAAAGGAUUAUGGCUGCUUUGUUCCUGGAGCUGACACACGAGAAGGGAGAUGACGGAUGGCUGCGUAGAGACUGAGUUUCAUACCGACAGGGAAGGGGGGAAGCUGUGGAGGAGAGCUGCAACCGUCUCAGCCGCAGCCUCAGCCCUCCGGAUCUCUCCACUCCUCGCAGCUCAGGGCCAUGGAUUUCCCCCAGCACAGCAAACAAGUCCUGGAGCAGCUGAACCAGCAGCGGCAGCUGGGUUUGCUGUGCGACUGCACCUUCGUGGUGGACGGCAUCAACUUUAAGGCCCACAAAGCCGUGCUGGCCGCCUGCAGCGAGUACUUCAGGAUGCUUUUUGUUGACCAGAAGGACGUGGUGCACCUCGACAUCAGCAAUGCAGCAGGCCUGGGCCAGGUUUUGGAGUUCAUGUACACAGCGAAGCUAAGCCUCAACCCCGACAACGUGGAAGACGUGCUGGCCGUGGCAGGAUUCCUCCAAAUGCAGGAGAUCGUUAGCGCUUGCAAUGCUCUCAAGUCCCUCGCCGUGCUGGCAGAAAGCCAGCAGCCCCCGGCCGAGAUGGGGGCAGACAAGGUGACUGCCGAGGACAAGGCGUCAGCAGAAGCAGCACCGGGUGAUGCUGACAAAACAAAACCAGCGGCUCCUGACCCAGAAGGGAAGAAAGAGGCACCCGCGACUGCAGCAGCACAGCCCGAGGCACAGCCGGAGCAGCCAGGUGUCCAAGACGGGGCAGAUGUUGCCAUCCAGGAGGGCCCCAACACUGAAUUUCCCAGCCAUCCGCAGCCGAUGGAGAGUGUGGUUGACAGCAGCAGCCCCACAGCGAAGGACAACGUCUCUCCGAGUGCCGAAACAGGAGAGGUGGAGCUGGAAGUGAAGGAGGAAGAGGGGGAGGUGAUGGCUGAGGACAAAGAGGAGGCUAAAAUCCCUGAGGAAGAGCAGCCCCAGAUAGAAAACGGCGAAAACGCUGAAGAUAACGAAUCGGGGAGCACUGACUCCGGGCAGGAAAAUUCAGGCGAGACCCGUCUGCUCCGUUCGGGGACGUACAGCGACAGGACCGAGUCGAAAGCCUACGGCUCUGUCACACACAAGUGUGAGGACUGCGGGAAGGAGUUCACCCACACCGGGAAUUUCAAGAGGCACAUCCGUAUCCACACCGGUGAGAAGCCCUUUUCCUGCAGGGAGUGCAACAAAGCCUUCUCUGACCCAGCUGCCUGCAAAGCCCACGAGAAGACACACAGCCCACUGAAGCCCUACGGCUGCGAGGAGUGUGGGAAGAGCUACCGCCUCAUCAGCCUGCUGAACCUCCACAAGAAACGGCACACGGGGGAGGCCAAGUACCGCUGCGACGACUGCGGCAAGCUCUUCACCACCUCGGGCAACCUCAAACGGCACCAGCUGGUCCACAGCGGCGAGAAACCCUACCAGUGCGACUACUGCGGCCGCUCCUUCUCCGAUCCCACCUCGAAAAUGCGACACCUGGAGACCCACGACACCAACAAGGAGCACAAGUGUCCCCACUGUGACAAGAAAUUCAAUCAGGUGGGGAACUUGAAGGCUCACUUGAAGAUCCACAUCGCGGACGGGCCCCUGAAGUGUCGGGAGUGCGGCAAGCAGUUCACCACUUCAGGCAACCUGAAACGGCACCUCCGGAUCCACAGCGGGGAGAAACCCUACGUCUGCGUCUACUGCCAGCGCCAGUUCGCCGACCCCGGGGCGCUGCAGCGGCACAUCCGCAUCCACACCGGAGAAAAGCCGUGCCAGUGCUUGAUCUGCGGAAAAGCCUUCACCCAAGCGAGCUCCCUCAUCGCCCACGUGCGCCAGCACACGGGGGAGAAGCCGUACGUCUGCGAGCGCUGCGGCAAGAGGUUCGUCCAGUCCAGCCAACUGGCCAACCACAUCCGUCACCACGAUAACAUCCGACCCCACAAAUGCACCGUCUGCAACAAAGCCUUCGUCAACGUGGGCGAUCUCUCCAAACACAUCAUUAUCCACACGGGGGAGAAGCCGUUCCUGUGUGAUAAGUGCGGGCGGGGUUUUAACCGGGUGGACAACCUGCGUUCCCACGUGAAGACGGUGCAUCAAGGCAAGGCGGGAAUCAAAAUCCUGGAGCCGGAAGAAGGAGAUGAAGUCAACAUCGUCACAGUGGCUUCCGAUGACAUGGUGACGCUGGCCACCGAGGCGCUGGCGGCCACCGCAGUCACACAGCUGACGGUGGUGCCCGUGGCCGCCGCCGUCACUGCCGAUGAGACAGAAGCGCUGAAAGCUGAGAUCACCAAAGCCGUGAAGCAAGUGCAGGAGGCAGAUCCCAACACUCAGAUCCUUUACGCCUGCGAUUCCUGUGGGGAGAAGUUCCUGGAUGCCAGCAGCCUGGCGCAGCACGUCCGCAUCCACACGGCGCAGGCCCUCGUCAUGUUCCAGGCCGACACGGACUUUUACCAGCAGUACGGAACCGCCGCCGCCUGGCAAACGGAGCAGGUUAUUCCCGCCGGAGAACUGCUCUUCCGAACCCGCGACAGCCCUGCCGAGCCCCCCGCUGCCCCCCUGGCGCCCGCGCCCACGGCUGGGGAGGCUCCAGCGCCCCCCGAGUGACUCCCCUCGCCUUUAUUUAACAGAUUUAUUAUUCCAGCUGCUUGGAAGCGGUGGACAAAGUGUAUUUGAGGAAGGAGAGAUGGAAUAAAUUGGAAU